AUGUCUUCAGCUCCCGCAAAGAUGUCGUCGUCGUCCACACCACUUUUCAGUAGACGCAAAAUUUUUCGACGCACAAAAGCCCCAGAAAAUUCCAAGCGCGGGACGUUUGAAAUCAAGGCACGAAAGAGCAUGGAUGCAGUCACCGUACUGUUCAAAAGAGUCAUCAACCAUGACUUGCGAAAGCACAAAAUUCCCAGACUCUCUGGGGAGGCCCAGCGUGUAGUGAAGCAGGAACGCGAGCAGGUGUUUCCUCCGGAGCUCCAAAAGACUUCCACAGACAGCGUCGAGGCCGGAGACGCACGAGCGAACGAUGACCGCCAGGAGUCCGUCAUCUCGGAGCAGAGACAGCACAGCGGCCCGCAGCAGGAGGUAGAGAUUCCAGAAUCUGCAGAGAAUGAGCAGGCAUCUUCUCGACAGGCCGGAGAGGAUGCGGAAAAGGAGUCCGAUCCCGAGUGCUACCAUGAAGCCAUCCCCUAUCAAGCUUCCUCAUUCGAACCAGUGGGCUUCCACAUGCUUCAGCUCGAACAGCAAGAACACCAGACAUUGGAUCCGCAAGCCGAGCAGGCCAUUCGCGACACUCAGUAUGUCACGAUCGCUCCUGAAAUCGAGGACGACUACACUCGUGGUCCUGCCAGAUUUGUGGCCGUCAGUGAUGGCAUCAUGGACGACGCGGGUGCACUGCUCAUGACCUAUGAUCUUUCACAAAAGAUCAAACAAGCAAUGCGACUUCAGAGGGAGCAUGCCCGAGAACAGCGCCAUGUCGAGAGCCAGCAGAUGGAGAUUUCCAUGUUCCUCCGGGAAUUGGAAAUUGAGAUCAUGAGCCACGAAAGUCGCAUCGAAGUUGCACAAGAUGGAAGUGAGGAGGCGCAACAGGACGAGCAGACAGUUGCAAAGCUUCAAGUGGAGCUCGAGAGCUUGGAACUGAUCCGGACCAACAUGGAGUGGAAAAGGGACAACCUCGCGGCCAACCUGCACAUGAAGAGUGCACUGUUGAUCGAGGCACAAGGCGAAGUCGCACAGAUCCUAGACGAGGCGUUCGUCUGUGCGGCGCUCUUGGAUCCCGAAGUUGACGAAGAGAUGCCAGUCGAAGUGUUUGACCUUCAGGCCGAAUAUCAGAAGCUUCAUGCCAGACAGCAAGCAGACGCCGAGGAGGACGAUGCCGAGAUCAUCUACGAGCCUGUGGCACCCCUUGACACUUCCAAGGACCACCUCGAGAUUCGGGCUCCAACGCCAACACCUGAAGAACGAGCCGAACAAGACCUCCGACAGAACUUCUGGGCAGCCAAGGAGCGCGUCAGGGAAGCCACGGAGGAGUUUGAGCUCAGGGAAGGCGUUCGAGAUCAAGAGAAGCAGUUCAACGAACAGGCCUGGGCCACAGGCGAGACGGCUCUUGACGCAGACAGAGAAGCGUUCGACCUCCGCUGGUUCGUGCGAAUCCACGAAAUCACGCACGAGCUCGUUGAAGCAGAAGCAGCUCUCAAACAAGCGCAAGUGGCAGCGCGAGAGGGCCAGGUCGAGCUCUUCGAUGAUGAGCAGUCUCAAGGCUUCGCAGAUGAUGCAGCAGAUGGCCGUCAUGGGUCUGGCUACGACGUCAGCGACGACGAGAUGACUCGCUUCUUCGCCUACACCAAGGACGACGCUCGCAUCAAUGCCUGGCUUGACAAUGUCUCGGAAGGUGGCGAGGCUGAGAGUGCGCGUGCAGCUGAUGUGGACCAGUGGGCAUCACGCGAGGUCGACAUCAGCGACAGCUUCACGGUUGUUGCCUUCGAGCCAGCUCGUCGGGAACAAAUCGCCGAGUGGCAAAGACAAUGCGAUGCUGUGCGGGACAGUUGUCGCCGAAUCGAAGAGGCAGAGGCAGAGCAGUCUUGA